AUGUCCGACCCAGUGGGAAACAUCCGCCACUGUUUUACCCCCCUUGCUGCAUACAUUGUUGAUACUCCUGAGGCAUGUAUGCUCGCAUGUGUGCGCGGUAAAACUUGUCCAUUUACACUGGCAUCCUUUUUUGCUGCAUGUGCGGAUUUCCAGCUAAAUGGUGUCUUUGCACCUUUCUGGAAGGGCUGGCGGUUCAGUGAUCCUGCAAUCUUCCUUACACUGGAAGCUCUGUAUCACUGGCAUAAGCAAUUCUAUGACCACAACAUCCAAUGGUGUCUUGUAGUUCUUGGAGCAGUGGAAUUUGAUUUCCGGAUCUUAAUAUUGCAACCCAUCACAGGCUAUCACCACUUCUCCAAUGGAAUCUCCAAACUGAAACAGGUCAUGGGCAGAGUCCACCGCGAUAUACAGUGUUAUAUUGUUGGGCUGAUUGCUGGUGCAGCCCCCUCUCCCUCACCUGAUGACAGCGUACUGACAUCUAUCAACAGAUCGCUCACAAUAUUUCAUGACAACAAAGAUGCCAUUAUGACAUUAGGCGCUCGGAUGGGUACAAAGAGAGCCAUUGAUAAUUGGCACAUACCCAAGCUGGAGCUCAUGCAGAGCAUUACUGCUAGCAUAUCCCAAGUCAGCGCCCUCAUCCAGUGGUCCACAGAUGCAACUGAACAUGCACACAUCUCCGAAAUCAAGGAACCAGCAUGGCGCACAAACAACAACAAUUACAAUCCCCAUAUCUGUCAUCACUUAGAUUGA